AUGUGGGAGCUGUGGCUGCUUGUCAGCCUGGCCAAAGCCAACCUGAGCUGGGAGUUGUACAAAGAGGCAGCGCAGAGCCCCUUACUGCAGACCGAUUUCCUGCGCGCCAAGAGGCAGAGCAGCCACGCUGCGCUCCUCUUACAUGAUGCGAACUGCCCCCACUGCCGGCAAGCGCUGCCAGAGCUGGCGGCAAUUGCCGAGCAGCUCCAGGGUGAGCCGGUCGUUCUUGCUCAUGCAGACUGCACCCACAGCAAGGACAUCAUGAAGAGGACGUUCAACCUGGAGGGUUUUCCAGGAUUUCUGUUCUGGAGGCAGCAAUCUGGGUCCUUGGACGAAGUUGUGGACAAGAUGUUUGUGGUGGACACGGACAUGGACUUCAUUCUUCGUGCCAGCCGCCUCGCCAAUCUGGGCCAAGAGCGCGAUAGAUCUCGGCUGGCGCUGGCCGGGCAGGAAGUCACCGUGCGCCGUGCUGAUGACAAGGACAUGACGCUGCAGGUGGAGACGUCCAAGAAGCAGCUUGUUUGGCUUCCCCAUGAGGUUGUUCUGCAGCAAGGGCGUCGGGUGCCCUACAGGCGCAGUGAAGGUGCAGCUAGAUACCGCAAUGUUUGGGAAAAGGAACUGAUGCUGCAGUUCGUCCAGAGGUUGAUGAAGCCUUUGGUUUCUCCGCUGAAUAGCUUGAAUCAGCUGGAAGAACUGUCUCUGGUCCUGUGUGCGCCAUUGACGCGCGGCUUCUUGGAGGCAGCCGUGGCACAUCAGCUGACCCUGCGAGCUUUCCAAACCAACAAGUGCGAUGAGUUCGGAGAAGGCCAGCAUGUCCUGGUGUAUUCUCCGGCAUCUCUCCAGUGGACUGCAGUGCCUGAAAGAGCGAAAGCUGCCGUCACCGUGGCUGACCAGGAGGUCGUGGAGGACGACCAGAACUUGGUGGCGUGGGUGGCCCAGCAUCAUUAUCCUGGCAUAACUGCGCUGGGCCUCCGCAACUUCCACUUGUGGGUGAGCGCUGGUCGACCCACAGUACUCUUGGCAGUGAACAAGCAUGACAUUGAAUCUAAUAUCUUGGUGGAGAUGCAGCUCAAGAAGGUAGCUCCACCAACCGCAUCUGGCGGUAUGGAGCUUUACACAUACAGGGAGAGAGACAGAUUUUUGGGAGUUGCUGAUGGUAGAUUGCCUGGCUUCGAGUACUUUGGCGUGCGUGCUAAUGAGCUUCCACGGGUGGUUGCCUUUGACGACUCUGAGCAUUGGGUGGAGGAUCGCGACUACCUGACUGCCGAAAGGCUUGCGGAGCAUUUGCCCCGCGUAGCCCGAAUGUGGCGAAUGAGUGGCACACCGCGAGGUUAUGCCCUGUGGGUGGCUAAGCAGUUUGUGACCUUUUACCUGCGCUUGGAUCGUCAAGCGGGUGCUUCACUUGGAUAUCCUGGUCGAUGCCUAGUGGUUUUCUCUUUGGCCGUACUUGUGUGGAUUCAGGGAUGGCUGCUGAUUUUAGCUGUUCGUAGCAUUGCCCUCAACAUCCGCAAGGUUUUUGAAGGUGAUGAUGCGGUGAAUGCUGCGCGGAAAGGGUUAGAGAACAAAAAGGACAAGUAA